CGAGAAAGUUGUCAAAUUCUAUUACAACGUGACAAAGCGGAGAGGAAAGUCAUUGUGCCAACCAGCUAAAGAUUAUUAAAUUUUUCAUAAUGGCAGCACCCAAUAAAUCUGAAAAACCUAAGAAAAAGGAAGAUAAAAAGGAUGAAUUUCUUGGAGAUAUUAAGUAUACCAAUGACUUACCCGAUGUGGCUCCGGACCUCAAAUUUCUGCCCUGUGGCAAGGAUUUACUGGAUUAUACCAUCAAUCCUGUAUCAUUUCCCGAAUUGGAAUCUCAGCACAACUAUUAUUUUCCUGGUCUUGAGAGUCUUCUUAACUUGGAUUUGGUUACUCAGGAAAUGCACGAGCAGCCUCCGAAUGAGUCAGCAGAAAUGGAUCCCCGUGAUGCAGAGUUACUGAAAGAUAUUGAGGCCUUAGUAAUAAAAGAUGAUGAAAAGUAAAUAAAGCAAAAGAGAAAAAUAAAAACAAAAAAACGG